UGACCUCUUCUCUCUCCUCUCUCUCUCUCUCUCUCUCCAGAGUCGCAGAGCCUUCCUUCCCGUGCUCGCCUCCGCUUUCAUUUUCCCAGCCGGACUGCCCCCAACCUAAACAGCACAGCUCCAGAACCUUCCCUUCCCUCCCCUCCCCGCCUACCCUAGGGUUUCGCGCGCCGGCCGGGGGGCAUGGCGUACGUGGACCACGCCUUCUCCAUCUCCGACGAGGACGACCUCGUCGGCGGCGCCGUCGGGGGCCCGCGCGGCGCGCCCGUCAAGGAGAUCGCCUUCGCCGCCGCGCUCCUAGCCUUCGGGGCGCUCGGCGCCGUCGGGGGCCUCUUCAUGGCGGCCAACCAAGUCGGAGGGGACCGCGCGCACGGAAUCUUCUUCAUGAUUCUAGGCAUUGUGAUGUUCAUCCCUGGGUUCUACUACACACGAAUCGCGUACUAUGCAUACAAAGGUUACAAGGGCUUCUCAUUUUCAAACAUCCCGCCCAUCUGAAGAAGCAGUGUCAUUGGUCUGGAGUUUAGAUCAAAACUGCAAGGACCCUGCUGAAGUAGUGGCAUUGCCUCAUUGGCCUGGAGUUUAGUUCAAAACUACAGGUGCUCUGGUGAUGAUAGUGUAGACGCCCAUCUGUUACACGUUUGUGUCUAUUUCUUCUCAACCUCAACCUUGUACUGGGAAUGAACUGGUGGAUGUACAGAUAAGUAGAGCUGCAUAUUAUGGUGUGGCCACCCAGUGGAACGUUGUGUGAUGUCAAAUUACUGUACUGUGAUACUUUACCCCUUGAUUACACAGAACCGUUCCAUAAUAUUCGCAAGACUUCGUUCCAGUUCAAAUAA